AUGCAAAUUUAAAUAGAGAAAAAGAAAAAUUCUUUAUUUACUUAAGGCGUUAGUUAUGUUGUGUGGAAAACUAUUGUUAAUAUCUUCAGCUUAUAUGCUAUUGUAUAAGUAUCCUUAGCUUUAUUUGAUGAGCAAUCAUAUAAGUUUUAAAAUAAAGGAACAAUUUUUCUUUUAAUUAGACUGUUAAUAAUUGUAUUUAGAUAAUAGUUAAUUAGAUCGUUCUAUUUGCAGAUAUUUUUAUAAAAUUCAAUGUUUAACAAAUUAUAGAUAAAAAUGUAAUCAUAAAUAAAAACAAUGAAUUUUCGAAAAAGUACUUAUUAUUUAUAUUUUGGUUUGACUUUUUACCUGCUUUUUUUGUUUUGUUUUAAACAUUAUUUUAUUUACCAAAUUACAUAGCAGUUUUGAUAUUUUUGAAAGUAAUAUCAUUAAUAGAUGCUGAUACUUACACUCAAUAAUAAUUGCUUCAUCAUGCAUCAAUAUAUUUUGUAUAUAAGGUAUUAAGAUUAAUAGUGAUACUCUUAUUUGUAUUUAAUUGUUUUGGUUGUCUCUUUUAUCUAAUGGGAUUGAUAGGAUUGGAUUCAGAUGAAUAAACUUGGCUUGAUUUUUCAAAGAGUUAUAGUGGAAUUAUAGUAAAAGAUCAAACAAGAAAUACUAAAUAUAUAAUAUCUACAUAUUGGGCAGUUGAAACUCUAACAUCAAUAGGAUUUGGAGACAUAACUCCUGUGAAUACAUAUGAAAUUUUUAUUACAGAUUUGGCUCUCUUUGGAUAAAUGUUUGUAAUUGUUUAUACAGUUUCCUAUAUUGUAUCUCUUUAAGACUAAAAAAAUCCAUAUGAUAAGAAUAUGCAUGCCAUAAAAAAGUUCAUGAAAAUAAAAAAUAUAUCUAGUGAUAUUGUAAAUUAAGUAUCAAUUUUUCUUGAAUAAUAUUUUUAUGAUUAUAAGAGAAGGGAUUAAAAAUCAGAAUAAGAUGUUAUGAGAAAAUUAACUAAACAUUUAUAAUCUAAAUUGUUAUACCAAGCCUAUUAAAAUUAAUUAUUGAAAAUAGAAUGGUUAUUCAAUCGAUUUUCAUUAUAAUGUUUAUAAGAUAUUGCAUGUAAAAUUAAAGAAGUAUAAAUUAUUUCUAUAUAUAGUUAUGUCUAGGAGCUGACUAAAUUAUAGAAUAAGACAUCUAUGAUCCUAAAUUAUAUAUAGUAGUAAAUGGUAAAAUUAAUUUAUCAUUAAAUGGUGUUUUAAUUAAAUCUAUUGAAAAAGGAGGUAGUUUUGGAAAUUAUGAAUUUGUAACUGGAAUUCGUUAAAAAUCUAAAGUUGCUAAAACAGAAACUUAUGCUAUCUUAUAUUAUAUAUCUAGAUAGGAUAUGAUUCAAUGUUUAUAAAAUUCCUUUGAAGAUUAUCAAAAAUUUUAAGAGAUAUAUGAUUAAGUAAUAUAUGAAAAAAAACUUGAAACUAUAGGAUUGUAUUGUUUAUUAUGCAAAAGUACAUGUCAUUUGACAUAAUAAUGCCAAUAAAUUAAUAUUAAAGAAAUGAUCUAAGAUUUUGAUUAAGUGACAAUUUAAUAAAGAUAAAAGUUUAAGAGAUCAUCUAAGCGUCAUGAUACUCAGAAUGCUCCAAAGGAUUUUUUAUAAUAUAAAUUUGACUUAAAAAUGGAUUAUUAAAAUCUAGAUAUAGAUCAAAAAUGUCAAGCUUAUAAGAAGAUGCAAUUUAUACCUUUUGUAAUGAGGAUGGAGAAGACUAAAGUAGAUCCCUUAAGAAUAAUUCGAGAUGUAAUUGAUGAAGCAAAUCAAAAGAAGGAAUUUAAAAUAUUAAGAGCAUUACCAAUAAUAAAUUGUUCUAGUUCAUUUGUUGAUAUAUGGAAUUAUUUCAUUUUUAUCAACACUUUGAUAUUAUUUACUCUUGUUCCUUUAAUAAUUUUCUUUUAUAUAGAUUAUGAUUCAUUUAAAAUGAACCCUUUUUUUAAAGGAAUGAGAUAUUAUUAUAUGGUAUUCAUAUAUUAUUUAAUUAGGCAAUCUUAUUUUUAGAUGUCAUUUUAAAAUUUAAUAUUAAUUAUUACUUUUUUGGGGCUCUUAUAACAUCUAGAAAAUAGAUAGGAAUGAGAUAUUUAUCUUCAUACUUUGUAUUUGAUAUGAUACCAGUUCUAAUAUUACUAUAUUUUGAUUUCAUAUACACAUACACUAUAGUUUAUCUUCUCAUUUUAUUUAAGGCAGUAUCAUUCUUUUAAAUAGAAAAAUAAAUCUAAGAAAGAUUAAAACUUUAUCCAUCUAAAUAUAAUACUUAUUUAAUUUUUAAAAUGUUCAUAGAAGUUUUAUAUUUAUAACAUUUUUGGGCUUGUAUGUAUUUUGCAGGAGGUGAAUAUAUGUACUAUAAUUAUCCUGGUAUAAAGACAUGGUUAAAUGAUCCCAAAAGUCAUUUUGGAUCUAUUAUAACAUUACAUUAUUCAAAAUAAUAUUUAGUUUCAUAUUAUUGGGCAGUUAAUGUAAUAACAACUGUAGGUUAUGGAGAUAUCUACCCAUUAAACAAUAUGGAAUGGUUUAUUAAUGAUUUAGCUCUUAUUUCUGCCAUAAUGAUUGCAGCAAUUAAUAUUACAAAUAUUGCAUUUAUUAGAGCAUCCUCUAAUCAAAAAGAACAAUUAAAAAAUAAAAUAGCUAUUAGUGCAUUUAUGAGAUAAAAUUUAAUCUCAAAAUAAACAAGAAACUUUAUAUUAAAAUAUUUAUUGAAUAGUGAAAUCUUUUAUGAUUAUAGAAAUACUGAAUUAGAAUUCUAGACUUUUGGAAUGUUACCCAAAUCUUUGAAAACUAAGUUAAUGGAUUAAGCAUAUUCUUCAGUUUAUACUAAUUUAUGGUUAAAUGUAUUUGAUAGAGAAAUCAUAGCUCAAAUAGCCUAAGAAACUAAAGAAGUAAAUUAUUAUUAAAUAUAUUAAAAGGCAUUUUUUAGUGCUCAUGAAAAUAUCUUUUUAGAUAAUGUUUUUGAUAAUGAUUGUUCUUUGUAUUUUAUUGAAAAGGGUUGUGUCUAAUUGUUUUUUAAUUUACCUAUAUCUAACAAAGAAGAAACUCUUAUUGCUAAAUUAAAAUCAAAAGAAUCAUUUGGACACUAUUCUUUUGUAACUGGAAUGAAACGUUAAGGUAGUAUAUUAAAUAAUAAUAGCUUCUGCCAGAAGCUAUAAGCAUGCUCUAUUGAUUUAUUUAGAAAGAAAUAAUUUUUUAAAGGCUCUGUAACAUAAUUUAAAAUAAGUGGCUUUAUUCGAAUAAAUAAAAUAUGAGGUCCUUUUUCUUAAUAAAUUACAACAUUUUAAGAUCAAAUGUUAUACUUGUCAAUCAAGUGAACAUAUGAGUAUUUCUUGUCCAUUGACAUAAAUAAAAUAGAAUAUUUUAUUGACAUUUAAACCAAAAGAGAAAAUGAAAUUCAUUUAAUAAAGAGAAUAUCUAAAAAGAAAUAAAAAAACUAAAACAUAAAGAUUCAAUUAAGAAAUCGAUAAAUAAUUUAUUAAAAACUCUAAUAAAAGACCUUUCAAAGAAGUAUUCUAACAAGUAAAUUUAAUAAUUGAUGAAUCUAAUUAAAUGUGA